GCCGCCAGUGGCAAACAACAUGAGCAACCCCAGAAGAGGGUCUACGAAGCAACGGGACACAAGAAAAACGACAUCCUAGUGGUGUUCGGGGGACAGAAGUCUGGCCAGGCCAGCAAGAAACACCUAAGAGCCCUCUCCCAUCGGGUCAACUUCAGCGCGGUGGGAGACAACCAGCCACAUCCCCCGAACAUGACCUUCACUGCUGAUGAUUGCUUCGGAGUCCAGUACAAACAUGACGAUCCACUAGUCAUUUCCAUGGACCUCAAUAACCACAACGUACAUCGAGUGUUAGUCGACGGAGGAAGUGCCGUCAAUAUCAUCUUCCGAAACUGCUUCGAGCAGCUGAUCCUCGAAGAGCCAGAGGAAGCACUGACGAAAGUCAGUUAUCCUCUGAUCGGAUUCAACGGAUCCGCAGCUAUCCCUCGAGGAAAAAUCACCCUGCCAGUCACGGUGGGUGAAGGCCAAGCAGCAAAAACCCUUCGGGACGAAUUUCUGGUGAUGGACUGCGACUCCGUAUACAACGUGAUCAUGGGAAGAACCAUGAUCCACAAGAUGCAAGCAGUCCCCUCCACAUACCAUCAGCUGAUGAUAUACGUCUCGGAUGCAGGAUUCGCCGAACGAAUCAGAGGUGAUCAAGAAGUGGCGAGAAGAACCUGCCACACGGCUGUCCGAAAGCCCAAACUAGGGGACGGCCCCGAGGAAGAAAAAGGAGCUACGGGAGAGGAAAGCGAGGCAAAAAGGAGAAGAGCAAGCACGAGCAGCUUGUCUCCCGCAGAAGUUGAUGCCCGCCCCGAAACCCUGUCUCCCGAACCAGAUCAAGAAAUGGAGGAUAUCUUCCUCGAAGAGGAUUCAGACAGGAGCGUCCGAAUAGGCAAGGGCCUAAGCUCGGGGCUCCGAAUCGAUUUGAUCCGACUACUCAGGGAUCACAAAGACAUCUUUGCAUGGUCAGCAGCAGAUAUGCCAGGGAUAAAUCCGAAGCUGAUUUGUCACAAGCUGGAUGUCAACGCUGAAGCUCGGCCAAUAAAGCAAAAAAAGAGAAAUUACUCCUCGGAGAAAAACAAAGCCAUCGCCGAGGAGGUAAAAAAGUUGCAAGAGGCCGGAUUCAUCGAACCAUGCAUGUAUCCGAAGUGGCUGGCCAACGUGGUGAUGGUCAAAAAAGCGAACGGCUCAUGGCGAAUGUGCGUAGAUUUCACAGACCUGAACCGAGCCUGCCCCAAAGACUGCUAUCCCCUGCCAAGGAUAGAUCAAUUGGUUGACUCCACCAGCGGCCAUGCACUGCUCAGCUUCAUGGAUGCCUUUUCAGGUUACCACCAAGUAUUCAUGCACCCCGAUGACAGGGCAAAGACAGCGUUCAUCACAAGCGCAGGAGUGUUCAACUACAAAAUGAUGCCUUUCGGCUUGAAAAAUGCCGGAGCCACCUACCAGAGGCUAGUUGAUCACAUCUUCGCCGACCAGAAAGGGAGGAAUGUGGAGGUCUAUGUGGAUGACUCCAUCGUA